UGUGUAUAUUGAGGGUUUUGGCAAAUUUUUUUAUUUUAUUUUUUGCUUCUCUUCCUUCUUUUACCUUCUUUUCUUCUUCUUUUUUUUCCCAAGGAGAGGAUGAUGCUCACAACUCUGCGCCGAGGAGGUCCAUGGCAUGGCGUGCUAGAUGCUGUGAAAACGGUCUGGGCCAGUUUAGUAUUUAGAGGCUGCUUUGGGGGGGUGUCCAGUGUACAGGCUCAAACAAGAGAAAAACGGAAUGCCCGUUUCUUUUUCCUGCUUCAAGUCCAAGAUGAAUGGAAUGGUAAACUUGUUGUAGCGGCUCUUUCUAACAUUUCAAUGCCAAGGCGCGAUCGGCCUGUGGCUGCGUGAUGACAGCGGGAUCCCCAGGCUUGGCACGGUUUUAUAAAUCUUGGCAAUAUCAAAAUGUCUUCAACAUCAUCAUCGGGUUGAUGUAUCUAGUUAUUUUCCAUGUUUUCCUCUGAUUUAUUGUCUUCAC